GUAUAUAUAUAUAGUAGAUUGCUGCAAGAAAAUACACAAGAAAGAAAUAGCGCGGCUUUUGCGCAAGCGCGACAGCUCAUCCAGCUUCACCGUCGUUCUCCGAACAGGAAGAGAGGUAGAAGCUGCAUUCUCCACCAUCACCAUGGCGCGAUCUAGCUUGGCGGCUAUGGCUUCAAUUGCCAUGAUUGUGAUUUUGUCCUGUCAUUUGCUUUGCCUUGCGGCGCCUGCAUAUGACGUAGAUGCGGCUGAUGCGUGCCCUGUGCAUAUCACCAAGCUGAGCCUCGAUCCAAUCAAUUCACUCUGUAGCAUCGGGAACAGCGAUUUGUGCUGCCAGUCUAUGCAGACUGUGGGAAUGGAGGCGGUGGACUACAACCCGAAUUGCGUGGACAAGUUAGUAGCUGCCAUCGAGGCCUACACCGGUGUCACUGCAGAUGAAGCCUCCGCUUGCCUGCAGAAUGAGGGAAGAGGUCUUCUCGAGCAACUGGAGCGGGAAGCCUCUGGGGCUUUCGCCGCCUCAGGGUCCGGGUCUUUACCGGCGCCGAGCCUGGCAUUGUGAUAAUGAUCUUGAAAGUUCAUGGCGAUGGACAACUAUGGAAUAACGCUGCGUUCGAUGGACGGCAGAGGAGGAGCAGGAGGAGGAGGAGGAGCUCUCUGUGACGUUCGUCUUGUCUGUUCAUGCAGGCGCUCUCGGUGGGUGCGUCGUAUGGCCUGUAGCCUGUAGGCGCUUCGCCUGCUUUCUGACUGAGCGGGAUUGAGAGACUGACAGUGUCAGUGCAAGGAGUUGCUGUCUGUUGACGCCGUACUGGAUCAGAUCAUUGAUUGAUCUCAUUCAAGAUCGAAUGCAUGCCUCGUAUUACACGUAUGGAGAUGGCCAUGACAUGUAGUGCAAAUGGAGGUCGGACGGCAUUCGGAAAGGCGAAUCGCCCGGCGACGAAAUUUCACGCUUGCCUAGUCGGACAUGGCGUCUCUCCAUCCCAUGGGGGUGGCAUUUAUUAGUAGAUUAGCGUCUUUCCCGAAGGAAAAAUUCUGCUGGCACCAUUUGUAGGACCGCAUCAGGGCAAUCUCUCUCUCUCUCUCUCUCUCUCUCUCUCUCUCUCUCUCUCUCUCUCUCUCUCUCUCUCUCUCUCUCUCUCUCUCCCGCUCUCUCUCUCUCCCCCCGUCCCCACCUCUCUCUCUCUCUACCCCCGUCCCCACCUCUCUCUGUCUCUCUCUCAGUGUGUGUGUGUGUCUGUCUGUCUCUCUCUGCGUGUCUGUGCGGUCGCAACUUUAUGGUAAAGAGGGUUGCCUCGAAGCGUCUUGCUGGUUGAGGCAAGUUGUCAGGUUUUUCUUUUCAUUCGGCUUAAUGUGCCGUAUUAGGACCAAGUGUUGGAGUCGGAGCUCCGCCUAAAGCCAAUCCAAGCCACACUAUGUAGCAGCAGGCUGUCGUCGUGGUCUUAGGCCGACAUUCCUCGCGAGGGAGAGACGCGAGGGAGAGAGGAUACACGGCUGUUCGGGCUGAUCCCCGAGUGCGGGAGGCGGUUGUUAUUCUUGACUGCAAAUCCACAUUAUCAUGUGGAAGUAAAUAAAAAUGAGGAAAUCGA